AUGAGUACGGACGCUGAGAUGGCCAUUUAUGGCAAAGCUGCCAUCUACCUCCGUAAACCAGAGAAGGAAAGGAUUGAGGCUCAGAGCAAACCCUUUGAUGCCAAGAGUGCCUGCUACGUGGCUGAUGCCAAGGAGUUGUACCUCAAGGCAACCAUCAUCAAGAAGGAAGGUGGCAAAGUCUUGGACACUCAGGAGGAGAAAACCGUUAAAGAAGAUGAUGUCACUCCCAUGAACCCUCCAAAGUACGACAAAAUUGAGGACAUGGCCAUGAUGACCCACCUCAAUGAAGCCUCUGUGCUUUAUAAUCUCAAAGAGCGUUAUGCAGCAUGGAUGAUCUACACCUACUCUGGGCUGUUCUGUGCCACUGUCAACCCCUACAAGUGGUUGCCAGUGUACGACGCAGAAGUGGUGACAGCCUACAGAGGCAAGAAGCGUAUGGAGGCUCCACCCCACAUCUUCUCUGUUUCUGACAACGCUUAUCAGUUCAUGCUAACUGAUAGAGAGAACCAGUCUGUCUUGAUCACUGGAGAAUCUGGUGCCGGAAAGACUGUCAACACCAAGCGUGUCAUUCAGUACUUUGCGACUAUCUCUGUUGGUGGUGGUGAAAAGAAGAAGGAAGGAAAGAUGCAGGGCUCUCUGGAGGAUCAGAUUAUUGCAGCCAACCCCCUGCUGGAGGCCUAUGGCAAUGCCAAGACUGUGAGAAAUGACAACUCAUCUCGAUUUAAUGCCAUUGACAUCCUGGGCUUCACUGGAGAGGAGAAGAUGAACAUCUACAAAAUGACUGGUGCUGUUCUUCAUCACGGAAACAUGAAGUUCAAGCAGAAGCAGCGUGAGGAGCAGGCUGAGCCAGAUGGCAAUGAGGAUGCUGACAAGAUUGCUUACCUGCUGGGUCUGAACUCGGCUGACUUGCUGAAGGCUUUGUGUUAUCCCAAAGUCAAGGUCGGAAAUGAGUAUGUCACCAAGGGACAGACGGUGCCUCAGGUGCUGAAUGCUGUCACCGCCCUUGCCAAGUCCAUCUAUGAAAGGAUGUUCUUGUGGAUGGUCAUUCGUAUCAACCAGAUGUUGGACACCAAGCAACAGAGACACUCCUUUAUUGGUGUCUUGGACAUUGCUGGCUUUGAAAUCUUUGAUUUCAACAGCAUGGAGCAGCUGUGCAUUAACUUCACCAAUGAAAAACUGCAACAGUUCUUCAACCACCACAUGUUUGUUCUGGAGCAAGAAGAGUAUAAGAAAGAGGGUAUCAUCUGGGAGUUCAUUGAUUUUGGUAUGGACUUGGCCACCUGCAUUGAGCUGAUCAAAAAGCCCAUGGGUAUCUUUGCCAUCCUUGAGGAGGAGUGCAUGUUCCCCAAAGCCUCUGAUACAACCUUUAAGAACAAGCUGUAUGAUCAACAUCUGGGCAAGAGCAAAGCUUUUGAGAAGCCCAAGCCAGCCAAAGGCAAGCCAGAGGCCCACUUCUCUCUGGUCCACUAUGCUGGAACUGUGGACUACAACAUUGCUGGCUGGCUUGACAAAAACAAGGAUCCACUGAAUGAGUCUGUUGUGCAGCUGUACCAAAAAUCUUCGGUCAAACUUCUGUCUAUUCUGUAUCCUCCGGUUGUUGAAGAGGCCGGUGGUAAGGGAGGCAAGGGAGGCAAGAAGAAGGGUGGUUCUAUGCAGACUGUGUCCUCGCAAUUCCGAGAGAAUCUUGGAAAGCUGAUGACCAAUCUGAGGAGCACUCAUCCUCACUUUGUGCGCUGUUUGAUUCCCAAUGAGUCCAAGACUCCAGGUCUGAUGGAGAACUUCCUGGUCAUUCACCAGCUUAGGUGCAAUGGUGUUCUGGAGGGUAUCAGAAUCUGCAGGAAGGGUUUCCCAAGCAGAAUCCUGUAUGCUGACUUCAAACAGAGAGACGCCAUCUUCACCAUCCAGUACAAUGUCCGCUCAUUCAUGAAUGUCAAACACUGGCCAUGGAUGAAGGUGUAUUACAAGAUCAAGCCCCUCUUGAAGAGUGCUGAGACUGAGAAGGAGCUUGCCCAGAUGAAGGAGAAUUAUGGGAAAAUGUCCAAUGACUUGGCUGCUGCUCUGGCUAAGAAGAAGGACCUUGAGGAGAAGAUGGUGUCUCUUCUUCAGGAAAAGAAUGACCUGCAGCUCCAAGUGGCUUCUGAAACAGAGAAUCUGUCAGAUGCUGAGGAGAGGUGUGAGGGUCUCAUUAAAAGCAAAAUUCAGCUUGAGGCCAAACUGAAGGAGACAACUGAGAGACUUGAGGAUGAAGAAGAGAUCAAUGCUGAGCUCACAGCCAAGAAAAGGAAGUUAGAGGAUGAAUGCUCAGAGCUCAAGAAGGAUAUUGAUGAUCUGGAGCUAACCUUGGCCAAAGUGGAAAAGGAGAAGCAUGCCACUGAGAACUAG